GCCGCGCGCCGCGCCCCUGAUAAAUAGGAGCGGGCGCGCGGGCGGAGCCAUUCGUCGAGGAGAACGGAGAGGCGAGGGUCGGGUGGCGGAGGCAUGGAGCUGGCGGCCAAGGCGGCGAUCGUAGCGCUGGUGGCGCUGGUGGCGCUGCUCGGCCUGGGGCAGGCCAAGGCGGCACCCAGGGUGCAGGUGUACUCCCGGCACCCUGUCACCAUGGGCUCCGAGAACGUCCUCAACUGCUACGUGGAGGGCUUCCACCCCCCCAAGAUCGACAUCACCUUGCUGAAGAAUGGGGAGCCCAUGAAGGACGUCAAGUAUUCCGACAUGUCCUUCAACGACGACUGGACCUUCCACCGCCUGGUGUACGCCACCUUCACUCCCACCAAAAGUGACGUCUACACCUGCAAGGUGGACCACGAGGCCUUCACCGAGCCCCAGUCCUUCAGAUGGGAUCCAGACUACUAAGAUGUGCUUAUCACAUGUGAUAAUCACGGUCUGAAGAUUUUUGCCCUGCAAGUCAAAAUGAAUUUGAGCUUCUGUCCUUUCUGCAUAUGAUGGAAAAGAGCAAUUGUCUUCAUCAUGAAAUUCCUUCUCUUUACAAUGCUAGGGGUCACCUACAGUUAACAGUGGUUGUCUGAACUCGCUGUAUUAUGUUCCUGGCCUUCUUCACCAUGAAAUUAAAAUGCUGAGGAAUUGGGAGGAAAAGUGGGCGGAGGGAGGGCUUGAACACUGAGGCAUGUGGCAGAUGUUCUGCAAACGCAGUCAUGCUGUGCUGUUGAACCACCCUGACCUGGUGGUUAGGAUGGAGAUGCAAAGUGAGCUGAUCUGGGGGGAAGGAGAGGGGAAUUCUGAAAAUUUGGCUAUGUACCAGGGGAUUUGUAAUGCAAAUUCACACCUUCAAAACGUGCAUAACUACCCCCCCAAUAAUAUAAUUAAAAAAAAACACCUCUAACAUCUGCUCUCCAUAAACGUGUCUGGCUGUAGCGACAAUUGGUUGGUUUUGUAGAAUCAUUAUUAAAUAACUAUUAUUAGAGCUUAUCAUUAAAAUAUCCUUCACCCCAAACUAGUAUGCUAACUAGGCUUUUCUGAGCACAUAGGUAUAAGUGUCUGCAUUACCCAUUAGAAAAUUGUAGCUCUUUAGUGGUCUGAAGUGUACCUAAUUUUUAUCUAAAUACAAUCAGAAAACUUAAAAGGA